UAUGAAUCUGACGGUAAAUUAAGACUUUAUGGAAAAAGUCAAUGCAACAUUACAUCAAGCAUAUAUAUAUUUUUCAUGUUUGUAUUUUAUCCAGGCAUGAUGCACGCUUACUUGGAUGGCGCCAUUUUAGCGUAUGGAAUGUCACGUGUUACGGAAACAACGACGCGCCUGCCAAACGCGCGAAAAUGACUAACGCUAUGGCAAACACUAUACAACAACUGUAAAACCAUGAUUCGUUUCAUAACCAAUAGCAAGUUGCUUAAGUUAUUAAAGAAUCGUUUUGUCGAGUUAUUUGUAUAGAUUUAGUGUUGGCUAUUUAGCAGCGAUUUGGUGUCUGGAGCUAAGAGAUGUUAGAAUUUUCGACUCUUGAUCAGGGAUAAGAUAAAAACAUACCAAAAAGGCCCUACGCGACGUUUUUCGUGAGCAACUAACUUACUUAUUUUGCAAUUAGUUAUGAAAUUAUAUAAACUCAAAUAAUUGUACCAUUGCCAGGCCUGCUGACUGAGUGCCACGCGUAUCGACACCAAUAGCAUAAGCUAAUGUGUCUAAGAGCAGACGGGUUGACAAAACUGUCUGGCCCCAAUUCUAAAACAAUCACUAAGUCAUUUUCGAAACUUUACAACAAAAUCAACCUCGAUAAGGGUGGAGUAAUAGAAUUACUGACUGAGUAAGACUGUCAAGACAAUCAAGAAAACAGACAUCUAUUCUGCCCUUGGUCAUUUUCCACGGUCCUCAACUCGCUGCACUCGGCUCAUAAUACAUGAAUCUCAAGCCAACUAUAUGCCGUCCGCUCGUCUUCAGUCCAAAAGCUAAGUUCGUAAUGUGUUUUUUUAUCUUUCAUUCGCUUUUUAUCUUUGAUUUUACUUGAGACGAUUCUUUCACAAUCAAAAAAAGGUAAGAUUAUGUAAUUAACAUGUUUAUAAGAAAUUAGUUUGCUUUUUUCAUGGUCUUAGACUUUGUCAAACUCAUAGGUUUUUAAUACGACAAUCAUUUUUUCAAAUUGUUACUGACUAGCAAACUUGUUACUCGUAAGUCGCGCACCAGAAGCGUCAACGAGCAGGACUCGAUUAGACAUCGACCACCUAAUGCUGACGAAUAUGUACUAGUUUUUUUCUUUUUUUCUUUUGCUUUUUUUUCUGAGGCCUUCUGCGCCAAGGAGCUAGUGGAAGGUGACUAAAUUUUCUUCUAUAAUGGUUGUAUUCGCGCAAGAGUUCCGCGGUAUAGAGGUUUUACAGUAAAAGGAACAGUUGAAGAUUUAUCCUUCUAGUUAGAGUAUUUCCUAUAAUAAAAAUGAUUCUGAUUACUACUUAAGCGUUAAGAAAAUGCCCCGCGAAUCACCAAUUUUAACUAAGUGAAGCAGUUCAUCCAAACAUUUCUGCCAACAAGCCAUAGUGAUUGUCAUAGUUAUUUGCAAAAAGCGCGCUCCAUGAAAGUGACUUAACUUCAAUUUUCCAAGAAAUUUUCAUAAUCGAGUAUUACAUCGGAACACCACCCACACGUAGUAAAGACAAAAGACCUGAACGAAAUAUCAGCAGGCAUCGAUUAUCAACAGGUGAAACGCAAUUAUCACAGCAAGAAUACGUGGCUCACUAAUUAUAUUAUCACACGGUUGUCAUAUAACAGCGGUCAUUUAUUGACUUAUCACCCUGAUAGACUGACAAGACGGGCCAAAUAUGAGUUCCUUGCAUGACAGCACGUUGAGCAUCAGUAAACUUGAGGAAAUAGAGCCUGGCGGUGAGUUUUUGUUCGAUAACCACGCAAAUUCUAGAAACAAAGAGAGCUAGAUAUUUAAGGAAAGAAAGCCAGUGCGAAUAUCCUAAUAUCGCAAAAGCUAAGGAAUAUAUCUGCCCAGUACGGAAGAAACCAUUCUCUCUAGAUAUAAGCUAAAGAAGGUGUCUUAAUGUGCUAUUGAUAGUCACGCAUGAAAAGAAAUUAAGCGUUUGCGACCGAUUUAUAUCAGGAAAAUUUUUAAGCCAACAAAAAAUAAAUCUACAAUAAAAUUACUUUUAAGUGUAAAGAAAAACAGAAACAUCACGGUUUGUUUAGUUUAAUCAUACUUUAUUUCUUCAAGUCUUACAAACUGUUUAAAAUGCACGGAGAUAUAAACAUAUAUAUUUUUUCUUUUUAAACUGAGCGCAUCGCUUUUUUACCUUUAGGCUAUUAACCUUAAGAAACAAAAUUGGCUGUUUCUAAGAUAUUUUAUUUCGAGAAACUAUUAGCGACAUUAAGGAACAAUUUCCAAUAUAAUUUUGACAGUGUUCCAGAAGGAAGAUAGAAAACCACAAACCGUUAAAGCUUUGAUUCCUCGUAGAGAAACAGCUUCAGAAAAUAUUUUUCAGUCUGGCAUUCAGGACCGUUAAUUGCUCUAUGAAUAACCUGCACAUGAGCGUGAAUGGCAUAGAUUAUCCCUCGUCAAUGACAGGAUGAACAAUACAGAGAUAAAUUUAUAAGUGAACGGCGAGACGGUCACUAUAUUGUCUUGCCAUUAAGAACGAACGCUGACGCAAAAUUAGAAUAUUCGUUCUUUGUUUUACAACUAAAGUCCCCACAGCCCAUCAAUUUUACCGAGGGCCUUCAAACAUAUUGCCUUGCCCGCUAUUAGGGGAUAUAAAGUUGAAACAGUUGAGAACUCUUCAAAAUCCACUCACAACUCCAUUUAUUAGACUUUCACUAAUGGCUUUGAACGGCUUGGUUUCACAGGUUCUAGAAAUUUUAAUGACCAAGCAACUCAUAUGGUUUCACCUGCUCGCCGGAACACGUGGAGGCUCAAAAUCGAUAUCAAAUUCUGUUUUCUUUUAAGCAAAUGAAAUAGCUUUCUUGUGAUUGAGAAGGAAAAGCUCAUGCCCUCUGGAAGCCCAACCUUUAGCUGAUGUUUCCAACCAAGAACAAAUUGCUUUUCGGAGAUAAUUCUUAAUUUUCUGUGUAUAGUUCGGUCAUUACUAUAUUUAGUUGAAUUUAUCUCUGUUUAAACUUGAUUACGUGGAAACUUUAAGCCCACCUUCUUUCCUUUGCAAAUUAAACGUUUUUGUUAAACUCUCGUUGAAUUCAACUAAUCUAAGAAGUCAAGAAGUUCAACCGGUCUUGCAGACACCUUCAUCCAAACUAUGUUUAACUGAGUUUCCUUCUGUUCAAUUUGGUUUAGUUUGGGAAUGAAAGACUCUCAUUUCAUUCCAAAUUUAACUUUUUAAGAAAAGCCCACUCUCUUUGUUUAAUACAAUAGGAACUGAAUUGAACUGCCCAGCUCGAUUGAAUUUAAAUUCUAUAUUUGAGAGUAAGGUAACUAAAAGUUUAACCCAGACGAAAUGUUCCCAAAUUAGAGCAGAAUACAAACAAGAAGAACAGUGAGUUCUAAGGGCUACUUAAAGCAAAACAACAUUUAUUUUUCGUGAGAAAAAAGAAAAGAGGAAGUUGUGUAAUCUUGAAACCGAUCGCUCGAGCCUGAACAACUGUCAUAAACUCGUUAUCGGAAAUAAAGGAAACUUGCAUAAAUGACAUGGUAUUUGAUAAGUGGGGCCAUUUAUGACAUCAACGCCCCUUAAAAAUAUUUCAAUACGAAAUUAUACACCUGCGAUUCAAAUCAUAACUGAUAUAAACCCAAGCCACUGCUAACAACGUCGUCAUUUGCGCGUGGUAGAGAAAACCUGCUCUUGUCUAGAGAUAGAAUCCUGCACUUCUAGCGCUGUGUAACUCGCAAACUCAGUCGAAUCAAAAUGGAAACAAGUUUAACUUUCUCAAAAUGGCUGAUGUUUGUUCUAAGCUUCCUUGCCUACACAAUUGCUUUCGUAAAUGGACAUCCGAAUGCAUUCUCGUGGACGCCGAAUGAUUCCGAAGAUGACGUCGGAUUCCGAAGCCUUUCGGAUGGCGAUGUACCAACUUUGGAUGAUUUUGAAGAAUUAGAUGAUUUGACUGAUCUAGAUGUCGAUGACGAAGACAGCCUUCUCGAGUACAAUUUUAUGAGGAACAAUAAAAGAAGCCCUAGCUCUGUAAGCAACAAGAGUUUUAAAAAUAAAGCUGGAUACUACCUCAUUGAAGGGGCCAAUCAUGGCAUAACUGGAACAACAAGCCUGUCGCAGUGUCAAAUGAGCGGUAUGUUAGUUAUGUUUUAAAAAAAGAUUAACAGUUUUUUUUUUUAACUCUUUUCAAGUCUCAUUGGUCGAACGCAAAACAAGUAGCAUGCCUGUCUGCAUGGACGGAUAGCAACAAAAUGGCCGCUUUCCAUUAGAGGUUAUCUUAAGGACGUUCGCGCUAGUUGUUUCCGCGCAUCCUUACUGCGCACGCAAGUUCACACGCCACGUCAUGUAUGAGAGUGCGCGCUAAGUAAUAAAAUCAACAAUGAUAGGACAGAUGGCCAUUGUUAUAGCUUUGCCUAAAUUUAACGAGCUUGGAUGUUCGGUGACCCCUACUUUUCUUUCCAGAAACAGAUCUUAUUUACAAUUAUCUCCACACUGUUUAAAAAUGAACAAAAAAUCAAUGCGGGAAGUUUAAAAAAUUUCAAGAUUUCUGUCCACGGGACAUAGAAUCCUGCCAUGUUGCUGCUGCAAGGCGCGUGAAACUAUGGUCGCUAAAUGGGAACCUGUACUUUGAGGAACCUCACCAGUAGACUAAAUUCACCUAAACAAUAUUUGGCAGAGAACAUUUCACUUUGAAGAUCUAAUUGCAAUAUUUUUGGGCUUACAGACACUGUG